AUGAGUGAUUCAGAACUACAAGAACAGUUUAUGCUGCUGGAUAACCUGGUUGAGAAUCAAGAAAUCAAUGAUGAGCUCCAAAGUCUUGAUGACUUACUUCAAGAGCUGCAGGGAGAGGAGGAAGCAGCACCAGUAAAAACAGCUGAACCAAGGGUACAUUGGAGAAAGAGAGAUAGUGAUGGAAACAUUGUCUAUGCAAGACCAAGAUCAAGCAGGAAUCAGUCAAAUGAGGAGUGUUUCAUGCAAGAUCUCCAGCACUCACUGAGUGAUUCUUUAGAUGAUGAUGCAUCAGCUCUUGGAACCUCAAGAGAUCCUCUCCUAGUUUCCUCAAACUGGAGUACAAGACAAAGUCUCAUUUCAGAGAAGUGGGGGGCAGAGAGACCCCGCCUGGUGAACAUGGCUGUGGCACGAGAAAAUGUGGUAACACACAUCUGCCAACUGUGUGGAAUCAAUCCAGCUGCUGUCCGGUGUUGUGACUGUCGACCACGCCCCUUCUUUUGUGCUGAAUGUGAUGUCAUCAUGCACACCAGACAUGUUCUCCAUAACCGAGAUGCCAUGACUCCUGGAUUCUACCAGCCAUUGCCUCCAACAACUUUUGUUGUAGAUAAGGCUCUUUCCCAUUGUGGACGAUAUGAUCUAAGCAUGCCUGAGUUGAGUUGUGAGGCAUGCCAAGCCACUUGGGCUGCUGGAGUGGUCGAGUUAAAUCGAAGUGACUACUGGCCUGCGACCCUUAACUUUGCCACAAUUUAUGCCACAGAUGUCUUUUUUUCAUUUGAAGAAAUGAAGAUGGCAGCACCAGGACUGUCCUGCCAAGCUUUUUCAAGAAUGCUGGAUCAGCGUUCUUUCUGUAUUCUGGGUUGA